AUGUGUAUAAGAGACAGAAUUAAUUCAUUUCUGGACGAUGGAAAUGUUCCAGUGCUCGCAGCGAAGAUAAAACAAAGAGCAGGAGAUAAAACUGUUCAACUCUCCAAUAAAGUUGAGCCGAGUGACACAAAGGACAAAGUGAUAGUAUUCUUCAAAUCACAGCCUGUUGUGAUUACACCAGACAACCUUCACAAUGUGGUCUUGGUAUCUAGCAUGCUUGACUCACCAAUCAGUUCCCUGUACCAUACUGUAAAGAAGGUGUUUGCACCCUUGUUACUUGAGGAUGAAAAAUGGUCACAAGGCUUUGAUCCAAAGCUACAGAGUUUGUUGAGUCAGCUUGAGGCAGGGUUAAGCAGUGUCAUCCGCAAGCAAGACCCAUCCCAGCGUUCUUCUGGUAGAGAAGAUAGCCUUGGAGGCAUCUUGACCCCUUCUGAUGAAUUCCAGUAUUGGGCUGAGGUAGCAAUGUCAGGAAACACAUUGGAUACGAAAGAACGUGCUCAGCUUUUCCAAACCCUCUUUGAACCAAUAGCGAGAGAUUAUGGCAAUCUGGAUGGGUUUUCAUUGGAUGAGGGAUUGCAGCUUGUUGAGACUACUAAUGAUGCUGUGGAUGAGGUUUGGAGGCAGGGGGAGUUUGACCCCUACCCAGAAAGAAGAAUGCAACAUCUUUUGGAUGUUAUUGGUGGAGAACUAGGCAGGUUUGUGCAGCGUAAACUAUGUGGCCAUGACAUCUGGCGGGACCCAUUCUACCGUGUCCGCGAAGCUCUACAGAGGGCGAUCUCUAUUUGCGACAAGUGGAUCCUAUUGUGUGAGAAGUUGACAGGUCAGAUCUGGAGGACUGACCCCAUGAACCCGUGGAAGGGUGAGAAGCUGUCUCUUAUACACAUCUAG